AUAACGUUGGUCAGUUAUUGACCCAUAAUUAGGUUUGAAAUAACGUUUAUGAGAAGGUGGCAGCAAUAUUUGACAUUAUCCUGUCAUUUACAUCGUCUGCAAUGUCAAUAAAGUCAAGUUGGACGCAUGGUUUUGCAAGUGUUGAAGCUACUGAAUCCUGUAAACAGUGAUUAUUGAAUAAUAUGUAUGAUUUGUGUUCGCCAGUCAAUUAUGAAUCAUCAAAAACACAAAAUCUGUAUGAUCUCAGACUUCUUUUAUCCAAACAUGGGAGGUGUAGAGGAGCAUAUCUUCAAUUUAUCACAAUGUUUACUAGAUAGAGGACAUAAAGUUAUAGUACUCACUCAUUCCUAUGGUGAUAGAGUUGGAGUGAGAUACAUGACUAAUGGCUUAAAAGUCUAUUAUUUACCAAUCAAAGUCUUCUAUAAUCAGUGUGUUCUGCCAACCAUGAUUUGUUCCAUUCCACUAAUCAGAUACAUUUUUAUAAGAGAGCAGAUUGAGAUAAUUCAUGGUCAUUCAGCCUUCUCUGCCUUAGCGCAUGAAGGAAUAUUGAUUGGCAGUUCAAUGGGUUUAAAGACUGUUUUUACGGAUCAUUCAUUAUUUGGCUUUGCUGAUGCUUCAGCUGUAGUAACAAAUAAAUGUUUAGAAAUAUCUCUAGCUAAUUGCAAUCAUUGGAUAUGUGUAUCACAUACAGGUAAAGAAAAUACAGUAUUAAGGGCAAAAGUACGCAAAGAAAAAGUUUCAGUGAUACCUAAUGCAGUAGAUGCUGUCUUAUUUACUCCUGAUAUUAGUAAAAGGAGUAAAAAUUAUAUUACUAUUGUUGUUGUAUCUCGACUAGUUUAUCGUAAAGGUGUCGAUUUUUUAGCAAAUAUUAUACCAGAGCUUUGUGCUCGUCAUGAAAAUGUACAGUUUUUGAUAGGAGGAGACGGUCCAAAAAGAUGGUUAAUUGAAGAGAUAAGAGAAAGAAAUCUACUACAACAUAGGGUAACACUAUUAGGAAGUUUGGAGCACUCUCAAGUAAAACAUGUAUUGAAUAAAGGUCACAUAUUUCUGAAUACUAGUCUCACUGAAGCUUAUUGUAUGGCCAUUGUUGAAGCAGCCUCUUGCGGGUUGCAAGUUGUUUCAACCAAAGUUGGUGGCAUUCCUGAAGUAUUACCGCCUGAUUUAAUUUAUUUAGUUGAACCAAAUGUACCCGCAUUGAUAGAAGGUUUAGAGCAAGCUAUUAAAGAUUAUAAAGAUGGCAAUUAUAUUUGUCCAAUGGAAGUGCACAAAAGAAUUGGUACUUAUUACAAUUGGCAUAAUGUAACUAAAAGGACAGAAAUAGUUUAUAAUAGUGUCCAAAAAGAAAAAAAGCAAAACCUUGGCAUGCAAUUAGCUAAUUACCUCAAAAGUGGAGUACUGCCAUAUCUAUUGGUAGUGUCCUGGUGCUAUAUUGUACUUCAAUUGUUGGAGUACUUUGUGCCACGAAAGUACAUUGACAUAGCAAAAGACUACCAAAAGCCAAAUAAUUUAGGAACAAAUAAGAAAUCAGAAUUGAUAAAAAAACACUAAAAAUAUACUAUUUUUAAAUACAUUCCAUUUGCAAAGAAAGUGUCUAUUGUAAAUUAAUGUUUAGUGAAAUUAUUGAUAUUGUAAAAUAAUUUCCACUGCAAUAACAAAUAUUGAUGUUUUUCAAAACUAUUCUAGUCCUAGUACAAUCUUGCACAACACCAAAUAGUUUAUAAAAGUACAAAACCCUGUACGGAAUACAUGUAAGAACAAAAUGAACCAAUGAAACAAAUAGUUUUGUAAUCACUAUAUUUUUUUUAACAAAUGCUGUAUUUAGUUGACAAUCUAUACUACUAAGAAAUUGGUAUUUUUACGAAAUAAUUUUCAGUACAAUGCAAAUGAAUGUGAAGUUGCAAUGUGAAUAAAUAAUAAAAAUAGCAAGGAAGGCGCCAUAAUCGAAUAGUCGCGAUUAAUACAUUUACAAUAAAUCUUUACAUUAUAUUACAAAGACGUAUGCUUCAAAUCAGCAUUAUAAUUAUAUCAUUACAUCACCUGCGAAGACUCAAGUAUGAGAUUUUUCACAUGAUAGAUUUUCGUAAUAAUCGUUUUAUUUACCAAUUAAUUACAUUCAAAGUAGAAAUCAAAGCUUAAGCUUUAUGUAAAUCAUGUAAAAAACAUUAGUGGAUGUACACAUUUUCAUUCUAGUUCAUGUUUUCAAACAUGAUAUUUACAGAUUAUUGUUGAGAAAUCACGAUCAUAAGCGACAAUAAAAAUAUUUCUAUUUUGUAUAAAUGUAUAAUGCCUACAAACUUCACCUGUAUGAUUAAUACUUUGUU